AUGGGCCUGGGAUUUAGGAGAAACAGGUAUGACAACUGCUUCUAUUUUGACUUAGAUAAAAAUCUGCCCAUUUACCUCUUGUUGUAUGUUGAUGAUAUGUUAUUAAUCAGUAGAUCCAAAUCUCGAAUACAAGAUCUGAAGAAGAAACUAAGCUCAGAAUUUGACAUGAAAGAUCUGGGAAAUGCUAAGAAAAUUCUAGGAAUGGUGAUAUCUAGAGAUAGGAGGAAUAACUGUCUAAAACUUGAACAGAGUGCUUACUUGCAUAAACUGGUAAAUAAGUUUAGUAUGGCUGACUCAAAAUCAGUCUCGAUGCCCUUAGCAAAUCAUUUUAUGCUUAGUAAAGACCAGUGUCCUAAAACUGAAGCUGAGAUGAUAAAGAUGAAUGAUAUCCCAUACUCAAAUGUGAUUGGCUUUAUAAUGUAUGCAAUGAUAAGCACUAGACCAGAUUUGUCUUUUGCUAUAUCACUUCUUAGCAGAUUUACGUCCAACCCUGACAGUGAACAUUGGACUGCCUUGAAAUGGGUUCUUAGAUACAUUAACAACUCAUUAAAUGUUGGUUUAAAGUACUACAAGAACAAUACUAUGCUUGAUCUUGUUGGGUUUGUAGAUUCAGAUUUUGCAGGUGAUAAAGACACCAGAAAAUCCACAACUACUUACUAUUUCACACUUGGUGGAAACUGCAUAUGCUGGAAAUCGCAGUUGCAGCCCAUAAUAGCACUUUCAUCAACAGAGGCUGGAUACAUAGCCAUUGCUGAUGUGUUUAAGGAGGCUGUGUGGUUGUAA